AUGAAGAUCUGGUCAGGUGCGACGCUGCUGGGUUUCGCCGCCCUCGCAACAGCUUCACACGUUCUCCCGCGAAACUGGGAAGCAAACGACUACUAUGUCCUCCAUCUCGAUGCGAACACGUCACCUCACGAGGUAGCCAGGAGCCUGGGGCUCUCGCACGAGGGUCCGCUCGGUGAACUCCGGGACCACCACAUCUUCGCUACGAAACGGGCGGAUCACGACUUCGUCAAGCGAGAGCUGGCCUUAAGACGAAGGAAGCGGUCGGUGGGCGAGAGAGACGCUCUGGAUGGCGUUCUAUUCUCCGAGAAGCAGGCGCUUCGACAGCCCUGGGAGAAGCGCAUCAUUCCCGAACAACCAGGACCCCUGCCCCGUCCCUCGAGGGCUAUCGAUCAGCCGGUGGAAGCGGCCGUCAAAAAACAGACCGAACUGACUCGGAAGCUGGAGAUCAACGACCCUAUCUUCCAUAAACAGUGGCAUCUCUUUAAUACGAUACAGGUCGGCCACGAUGUCAAUGUCGCCGACGUGUGGCUCCAGGGCGUUACGGGAAGCAAUACCACGGUUGCCAUUGUCGACGACGGCCUAGACAUGUACAGCGAUGACCUCAAGGACAACUACUAUGCGCUGGGCUCCUACGACUUCAACGACAAGACGGACGAGCCGAAGCCCCGCUUGUCAGACGACAGGCACGGGACCCGGUGUGCCGGUGAGGUGUCGGCUGGUAGGAAUAACGCCUGUGGGCUAGGUGUGGCAUACGACUCCAAAAUUGCCGGCCUCCGAAUCCUGUCCAAAUUGAUCUCAGAUGCGGACGAAGCCGUAGCCAUGAACUACGACUUCCAGCAUAACCAGAUCUACUCUUGCUCAUGGGGACCGCCCGACGACGGAAAAAGCAUGGACGCGCCUGGGAUUCUCAUCCGCCGCGCCAUGUUGAAUGCUGUGCAGAACGGCCGCCAAGGUCUGGGCUCUAUCUACGUCUUCGCUAGCGGUAACGGGGCCCAGAAUGAAGACAACUGCAACUUCGACGGCUACACCAACAGCAUUUACAGCAUCACCGUUGGCGCCAUCGACAGGAAAGGCAUGCACCCGCCCUACUCUGAGAAGUGCUCCGCCGGGCUGGUCGUCACCUACUCGAGUGGCGGUGGCGACGCCAUCCAUACCACGGACGUGGGCCAGAAUACAUGCUCGAACAGUCACGGCGGCACUUCCGCGGCCGCCCCGCUUGCUGCUGGUAUUUUUGCCCUCGCUCUCCAGGUGCGCCCGGAUCUUUCCUGGCGGGACAUGCAGUAUCUCGCCAUGAACACCGCGGUCCCCGUCAACCUAGACACGGGCGAGUAUCAGGACACCACAAUCGGCAAAAAGUUUAGCCAUACCUUUGGAUACGGCAAGCUUGAUAGCUCUGCCAUUGUGGAAGCCGCCAGGACCUGGAAGAAGGUGAAGCCGCAGGCCUGGUUCUAUACUCCCUGGAUCCACGUCAACAAGCCGAUCCCCCAGGGCGAGGAGGGCAUUUCCGUCGAAUUCAAGGUGACCGAGGCCAUGCUCAAGGAGGCCAACUUCCAGCGUGUUGAACACAUCACUGUUACCAUGAACGUCGAGCACGGACGGCGUGGUGAUAUCAGCGUCGACCUCAUCAGCCCGAACAAGAUCGUCAGCCACCUGUCUGUGACACGCAAGAACGACGAAUCCACCGAAGGCUACGAUGACUGGACGUUCAUGAGCGUGGCUCACUGGGGUGAAUCCGGCGUCGGCACCUGGACCAUCAUCGUCAGGGACACCAUCGAGAACGUGCACAGCGGCAAGUUCGUCGACUGGCACAUGAAGCUCUGGGGCGAGACCCGCGACGCCUCCAAAGCCAAGGUCCUCCCCAUGCCCACCGAAGAAGACGACGACGACCACGCCAAAAUCCCCACCACCACCGUUGGCCAGCCCACCCACUCGGCAACCGACCCACCCAACCGCCCCGUCAACCCCAAACCCACGGGCACCAAGACGGGCGAAGCCACCUCCGCCUCGCCCUCCUCCUCCUCCGCCAACAAGACCUCCACCUGGCUGCCCUCCUUCUUGCCCACCUUCGGCGUGUCCGCCGCCACCCAGGCCUGGAUCUACGGCUCCCUCGUGCUGAUCGUCGUCUUCUGCGCCGGGCUCGGCGUCUACUUCUACCUCGCCCGCCGCCGCCGCCUGCGCAACAACCCGCGCAACGACUACGAGUUCGAACUGCUCGACGACGAAGAGGCUGAAGGCCUCGCCGGCGGCCACGGCGAGAAGGGCGUCGCGGGCGCGGCCGGUGCUGCUGCUGCUGCUGCGGGCGGGCGCGGACGCCGCGGUGGGCGCACGCGCGGCGGCGAGUUGUAUGAUGCGUUUGCGGGGGAGAGUGAUGAGGAUGGGGACGAUGACAGCGAUGAUUUUGGGGGCCGGGGAGGUGUCGGUGGUGGGCAGUACCGGGAUCGGAGCGGGUCGGGGUCGGAGGGCAGCGUGUCGCCCAUUCGGAUGAGCGAGAAGCUGCCGGGGCGGCGGGAUAGUGACGAGGAGGAGCCUCACCAGCAUGUCAUUGGGGAGAGUGAUGAGGAGGAUAGUGAUGAGGACGAGGAGAGCGAGGGCGAGCAGGCGAGGCCGUUGCAUGGUGGGAAUCGGUAG